GCGAAGGGCCAGGACUGGAGCAGCAGGAGGAGCAACAGGCAGGACACUUUAUAAAGCCGUGCUCCCAGCUGGGAAGAGACAGCGGCAGUGCCGUGGCACCAGAGGUGCUGGGGAUGCCAGCCCAGCCCGGGGAGCGGGGCAGCCCUGGCUGGGUGCGAUAGACGCUGGAUGGGAGCAGAUAGACCCGUGCUGAGUCACGGCCCAGAGGCCCUGCCGCUUCCUCCCCUCGCUGGCAGGUCCUGGCGCACCCCAUCGCUCCUCCCUUCUUCAAAAGGAAGGAAAGUGUGAGCUCCAGCCCUCUGCAGAGCCAGAGCAGCCAAGGGGCCCAAGGCACCAGCCCUCUGAGAGCUUCCCCAUCAGACCCCAAGGGAACAGAGCCCCUGACUCCGCAGUGCUCCGGCCACGCUGCUGGGAUGGAGGGGCGGCAGCACAGCACCUCCAAGGAGCCUGAGAUCGAGCUCUUCGUCAAGGCCGGUCUGGAUGGAGAGAACAUCGGGAACUGCCCCUUCUGCCAGCGCCUCUUCAUGGUGCUGUGGCUCAAGGGGGUCAAGUUCAAUGUCACCACGGUGGACAUGACCAGGAAACCUGAAGAAUUGAAAGACUUGGCACCGGGCACCAACCCACCCUUCUUGCUGUUCAACAAGGAGCUGAAAACAGACUUCAUCAAGAUUGAGGAGUUCCUGGAGCAGACCCUGGGCCCACCCACGUAUCCACACCUGAGCCCCAAGUACAAGGAGUCCUUUGAUGUGGGCAGCGACAUCUUUGCCAAGUUCUCAGCGUACAUUAAGAACCCACGCAAAGAAGCAAAUAUCAAUUUUGAGAAGGCGCUGCUGAGGGAGUUCCACCGCCUGGACGUCUACCUGAACACUCCCCUCCCGGAGGAGAUUGACCAGGACAGUGCGGAGGAUGUCACCGUUUCCAAGAGGAAAUUCCUGGAUGGAGACCAUCUGACUCUGGCUGAUUGCAACCUGCUCCCCAAACUGCACAUCAUCAAGAUUGCAGCCAAAAAGUACCGUGACUUCGAGAUCCCCGAGGCCAUGACGGGCGUCUGGCGCUACCUCGGCAACGCCUACGCCUGCGAGGAGUUCACCCACACGUGUCCCGCCGACGAGGAGAUCGAGCACACCUACGCCAGCGUGGCCAGGAAGAUGACCUAGCCACGGGUCACUGGGCUGCCAGCUCUGAGCCCCCGAGGCAGCCCGACACAGCCAGAGCCAGCCUGAGAGACUGCAGAGGGUUUGCAGCUCUGCUCGCUCUGUCACAAACAGCACCUUGCUUCAUCCUGCCCUGCCUGCUCCUCCUGCCUCUGCCUGCAGCCCUGGGCACCGCAGCGCUGGCCACGGACACGCUGCUGGCCACGGACACGCUGCUGGCCACAGACACUGCUGGCCACAAACACACACACAUUGCUGGCCACAGACACACUGAUGGCCACAGACACACACUGAUGGCCACAGACACACAUUGAUGGCUACAGACACACACUGAUGGCUACAGACACACUGAUGGCCACGGACACACACACACUGCUGGCCACACACACACUGCUGGCCACAGACACACACACACACUGCUGGCCACACACACACUGAUGGCCACAGACACUGCUGGCCACAAACACACACACAUUGCUGGCCACAGACACACUGAUGGCCACAGACACACACACACUGCUGGCCACACACACACUGCUGGCCACAGACACACACACACUGCUGGCUACAGACACACACUGAUGGCCACACACACUGAUGGCUACAGACACACACACACUGCUGGCCACAGACACACUGAUGGCCACAGACACACACUGCUGGCUACAGACACACACUGCUGGCCACAAACACACUGAUGGCCACAGACACACACACACUGCUGGCUACAGACACACACACACUGCUGGCCACACACACACUGCUGGCCACAGACACACACUGCUGGCCACACACACACUGCUCCCUUCUGGAUGUGGCUGCAUCCCUGCUCCCUGAGAGCGUUUCUCAGAGCCUGGGACUGUGUGUGGUGGGAAAAGCUGAGCUCUCGCCUCCUGCAGUGGCGCUUUCGGGGACAGAUGAGGCCCCAGCCAGGCCAGCCCAGCCUCCCCUUCCCCACCUGCCAGCCCUACGCUGUCCCAGCCAGCCUGUGCUUGCUGUGGGAUCCCAGGGCUGGAGCUGUUUGCAUUUGCCUCUUGCCAGCCUGCUCAGCACCUGGGCUGGCAUUUGGGCAGCCCUCUCUUCCAAGACAGCUCCCUCUGAAGAUGUGGGAAGGCUCUGCCCUGGCAGCUCACUGCAGUGACAAGUGUGCUCCCUGCUGGGGGCUGUGACACGGGUCUGACUCCCCAUGGGGUAGGGGGUGCUGGGGGGAUGCCUGGUGCAACAGGUAUGGGAGGAAACAAAGGGCCAGGGGACCUGCAGAGGGCCUGAGGGUGAGGGGCUGAGGAUCAGAGCAUCCCUCCCACCAUUCCCAGUGCUGCUGGCUGCGAGUCCUGCUCAGCUCAGAAGCCCCUGAGCCUUGCAGAGCCCUGCAGAGGGUGCAGCCCUGCUCCAGCUCCACACCCCCUAGUUCCCACCAACACUUCUGGAACCUGAGGCCGGGAGCAGCCAUGGGGUAGUGCACACAUUUAGUUUCCACACUGGAAAGCCCAGGAGGGCAGAGAGCAGCUGUUUGGCAAAGCUCUGUCUGUGCACAGGUGAGGGCAGUGCCCUUGGCUCAGCAGCCUUUGUGCCCUGCUGUGUCAGACUGCUCUGCACAGCCACGACAUCCUCUGCUCCCCUCUGGCACCUCCAGCUCCCCAGGGCUCCCACCAGAGCUGAGAACUCGGCCAGCCCUGCCCAAGCCCAGGGCAAACGGAUACUGUACAGUGGGCACGGGGUUCUGUGGAGCUGCAGCGAGCAGAGCCCCCAGCCCUCCCUGCCCCUUUCCUCCUUGCACUGAAGGAGUGUCCCUGCAAGCCUGCCUCAGAUGGUGCUGGCUUUGGGGACUGGGUUUGUUACUGAGGGGUUUUGGAUUGUUGGUUUUAUAAACUAAGGACAGCAAUAAACUAUUUUAAUCUGC